AACGACCUCGGGGCGUCUCGAAACUGUGCGACGUGCGGGAGAAACGCGCGCGAUACGCCAAACACCUACCGGGGGUGGGGGAGCCUGGAAACAGCCGGUGUGCGCGUUCGUCCGUCCGUUCGGGCGGGGUGGGUGACUGGGUGCGGACGCAGGUUGGGACCGAAAAGAGCGGAGUCGGCAGAGAGAGAGGAGAAAACAAAACAAAAAAAGGGGGCAAUGGGGCGGGAGAGGCACACUCUCAAACUGUCCGUCAUAUCAUAGAGGAGGAGGGGGCCCCGGUAGGAAAUAAACCGUAAAGCACACGCGGCGCCAGGUGUAAACCGCAAUGGUCCCCCCCUGGUGGAGUUAAACCGGCACUCGGCCCAUCACACUCAUUGUCGUUAAUGGGCGGCGGGAGAUGGGCUCUUUACCCAAUGUCCUAAAGCGGUGUUAGUGGCGGCGGCCCCUGUUUAACUCCUCUAAUCCUCCCGGGCGCCGCCUCCUCUUCCUCCGCCUCUUUUGUGUGUGUGUGUGUAUUUUUUUUCCACACUCUCUGUCAGUGUCUCCCUCCCUCCCUCCGGCUCCACAAACUGCCAGACCCCUCCUUGUUAUGCAGGAUGACGACCUUCUGAUGCCGGACAGGACGACAGACAUCAGCCUCAGCGCGACUCGCCCAGCUCCGACCUCCUCCGGCCGCCCGGUCUCCGCUCCGCCAGCCCGUGGUUUCAGUCGCCAGCGGCGGCAGCAGCAGGAGGAGGAGGAAGAGGAGGUGGGGGGAGACAUCACCAUCACCCAGUGUCCGGACAUCCUGACCAUACCGAGUCAUCCUCCUCCUCCUCCUGUUUCUCAGCUCCGAGGCCGCCCCCUGCCUCCCAGCCCCGGGGAGGAGGAGGAGGAGGAGGGAGGCGGGGACACGGACAGACUCUCCUCCACCGAUGCCGCUCUGAAGUUUGCGGAGAGCAGCCAGCAGCACCGCGGCGGCCACAGGCUGAUGGAGUCUCCCGGUAACAUGACGGCGGCUAAUGGCGGCGGCGGCAUCGGGAUGUUACCGGGACUCGGCGCCGGCUUUCAGCAGCAGCUCCACCAUCACCCGGACGGCGGCAGCAGCAGCGGAGGAGGAGUAUCCGCCGGCGGAGGCGCCGGCAGCAGUAGCAGCAGCAGCGGAGGCAGCAGCAGCAGUAACGGCUCCUCGCCCUCCCCGGUCGCCGCUCUCACCGGCUUCGGCACCGCCUGGUCGCCGGCUCCCGCCGCCCAAGUCAGCACUCCGUCUGCCGCCGCCGCCGCCAAUACCCCGGCACUGUCGGCCGCCGGCCCCGGAACCUGCCCGGUGCCGAACUCCGCUGAAGACAGCUUUUUCCACGGCAUCCCCUCCAUUAACGGCACGGUCCUCUUCCAGAGCUUCGCCGGGAUGAGCCAGGGUUACGGAGGGGGAGGAGGAGGAGGCACCAACUUCUCCCCUUUACCUCAGCAGCAGCAGCAGAGCCGGCGAUCUCCUGUCGGCCUUCACCAUCACCAUCACCCCCAACACCAGGCCGCUUUCCCUCACCAGAGGAGCACCUACAACCACCAUCAGCCCAUAAUGAAACAGUCUCCAUGGAACAGCCACCAGAGCAGUGGCUGGAGUGCAGGAGUGUCCUGGGGAGGCAUGCAGACAAGGGAUCACCGCAGAUCUGGAGGUGUAGGAAUGCCAACAACCAUGAACCAAAUCUCUCCACUGAAGAAACCUUUUUCCAGUAAUAUUAUAGCACCACCCAAAUUUCCUCGGUCAGCUCCAACACUGCCACCAAAAUCUUGGAUUGAAGACAAUGUUUUCAGGACGGACAACAAUAGCAACACUCUGUUACCUUUACAGGAUCGCACUCGUUUAUAUGACUCCCUAAACAUGCAUUCACUUGAAAACUCGCUUAUUGACAUAAUGAGGGCUGAACAUGAUCCACUGAAAGGUCGUCUAGGAUAUCCACAUCCAGGAACUGACAAUUUUCUAAUGAUUAAUGCAAGAAGUUAUGGGCGAAGACGAGGCCGUUCCUCAUUGUUCCCCAUAGAAGAUGGUUUUCUUGAUGAUGGACAUGGUGAUCAGGGAGUCCCUGGGGUUCUGAAUUCUGUUAAUUGCUGCUCUUCUCACCAGAAUGGGGAACGAAUUGAACGAUACUCACGUAAAGUAUUUGUUGGUGGCCUUCCCCCAGAUAUCGAUGAAGAUGAAAUUACUGCCAGUUUUCGUCGUUUUGGACCUUUGGUGGUUGAUUGGCCUCAUAAAGCUGAAAGCAAAUCUUAUUUUCCACCAAAAGGUUAUGCGUUUCUUCUGUUUCAGGAGGAGAGUUCUGUCCAGGCUCUGAUUGAUGCUUGUAUUGAAGAAGAUGGCAAACUCUACCUUUGUGUUUCAAGUCCCACUAUCAAGGACAAGCCAGUUCAGAUCCGACCAUGGAAUCUAAGUGACAGUGACUUUGUAAUGGAUGGUUCACAGCCUCUUGAUCCACGCAAAACCAUUUUUGUAGGAGGGGUUCCUCGCCCUCUGAGAGCUGUGGAGCUAGCAAUGAUUAUGGAUCGUCUUUAUGGUGGGGUAUGUUACGCAGGGAUUGACACUGACCCAGAGCUGAAGUACCCGAAAGGUGCAGGUCGUGUAGCCUUCUCAAAUCAGCAGAGCUACAUAGCUGCCAUCAGUGCUCGAUUUGUUCAGCUACAGCAUGGAGAUAUUGAUAAACGGGUGGAAGUUAAGCCAUACGUGCUAGAUGAUCAAAUGUGUGAUGAGUGCCAGGGUGCUCGAUGUGGUGGAAAAUUUGCUCCAUUUUUCUGUGCCAAUGUCACUUGUCUGCAGUAUUACUGUGAAUUUUGUUGGGCAAACAUCCACUCUCGUGCCGGCCGGGAGUUCCACAAACCGCUGGUGAAGGAGGGGGCUGACCGCCCUCGACAAGUUCACUUCCGCUGGAGCUGAACAUAACAUUCAGGCACCUGAAGGAUCAUGACAGAUGAAAAGAGGAGAGUGCAUGAGGCUUAAAAAGGCUGAAGAAACCAUGAAUAGUUAGGAGAAAUAAGUGCAUUCUUCUGCCUCCUACCCCAGCUCUCGAUGCAUACAUCAUAUAUAGCAGCUAAUACACUACAGGCCUCUGUUUGUCACCAAAACCCUGCAUCUCAGGCUUUACUAACUUUUUUGAGGUACUUUCAUGUUUUUGGAAAAAAGGAUUUUUUGUAGUUUUUUCAAGUUAUUUUUUUAUAUAAGAGAAACUUAAAAUUAGAAGUGAGAAUGUUGCCACUUAGGGGCGCACAGUUUGCUGCUAUCUUUAAUGGGUGGAGCAUGCACUUAUUUCCAGAAGCUCAGUUUCAUCUCCAAGACCUGUCCCUAGUAAUUUUACCAAAGGUAGCAAAUAGUAGGAGGCAAGUUUAGCUAUAGAUGAGUGAUUUCUGCCACACAAAAUUUUAUUUUUUAAUGUUGCUAUUUGCAAUUUAUACACAAACAUUUAAAAAAAAAGUAGGGUUACGUUUUUGCUCUCCAUUUUGACUUGCAAGAAAUAAUACCUCAAGAGACUGAUCUGGUUUAACAAUUUUAGCAUUUUUAUUAUUCUUGAGCUACAAUAGAAGCUUUGCUGCUAUAUAGGUAUGUUAAAUGCCAGAACAUGCAGUAACAAAAUGGGAUCAGAAACAUAAUUAUAGCAGCUGCAUUAUGGAAGAAUUAGAUGCAGACAGCAAUGGCCUAGACUGCCACAGAUUAGAAUGUGAAUUUAAACAAUUGCAUGUUUACUUGUACACCUUAUGCAUGCACUAAAAGUAUAUUCAUACAUGUUCCUUCACAGCAAUGGAUGUGAUGUCAGUUUUUGGCAAGCAUUCAGAAAAACUAGUUCGCAUGAAUGAAAGGUACAACAAUAGCUUAAAAUAAAAA